UCAGUAUCAUUUUCGUCUCAGUCCCGUCUGUGUGAAGGCGAGCGUUGACCGCUUAAACUCGUUCAAAAAUAUAAUUUAUAAUUUUUUUUUUUUUAUUAAAGUUGUUAGGUUUUAACUUUCCGACAAUAUAAAAAUUUACUUUAUAACACAGAAUUUAAAAUUAUUUUUUCCAUUCAAUCAUACUAUUUACAAUAGUUGUGUAAUAAUAAUUAUUGAGUUAAAAAAAUUGCCCGCCAAAUUUAGCACGUGAAAACAUGGAUGAUCUUGCGAUCCGGCUAAACCAUAGGAAAGAACAAGUUAUCAUACUCAACGAAGACAACAUGUUAUUAGACGAUAAAAUGAUCUACACUUCGCCACCGAAGGUAUAUCCAUUUGCUAUGGUCCUUAGACUUCGUGUACUUCAGAUAGUUUGUGGCAUUACCGGGUUAGUUAUGGGUAUGGUUGCCACUAUAGAAGAAAAGGGGAAAAUGAACUUGGGCUUAGCAAUACCGGCUGGAAUUCUGACAGUUAUUGCUGCAGCCGGAAGUAUUUACAUGAGCCACGGUUUUAGCGGUUACCGACCACAACAGCUGUGCGACCCUCGACUGCAACCGUUCCGGUUUCUGGGACCUACCAUACGGUCUGCUGUAGCGCUCACAGUGCUGUGGCUCGCCGCAUGUCUACUGCACGCCUGUCUGCUGUACUUCUCAGCACGGUCGCUGUUCCGGAAUGGCCAGAUCGCCGUGCUGGCCACCAUACUCAUUUUGCUCACAUUACUCACGUUGCUUUCUACUGCUGCGCUGGUACACAUUGACUGCAAGUACGAUCCCGAUUGACCCGGCCCGGAGGUCCAAGCGCCCACGGCUUCGGUCAGCGUAAUCGGACCCAGCCAUUUGUCCACGGAUAGAGCCACUAAAGUAGCGUGGGUCAUAUAAUACCAUAUACCAGAGUAUACUGGCUGCGACGGAUGCCACGUGACAAAUGCUCUGUGUUUAUCACAAAAUUAUGUAAUUUAUGUAUUUUAUUGUAUAUAUUGUACAUAUAUUUUGACUAAAAAAAAAUUUGUUAUUAUCAUAAAAAACAAAUUAUGAUUACAAAACUUAUUUUUCUCCAUGAUAACAAAAUUUCGGACAACCUCCCUACAGGGAAACCGUGCUUUUUACACCAAAAUGUAUUAAAAAUACGAACAUGAUUAUCACACAUUUUAUUAUUGACCGCAUUAUACGAAUUGAGUAAAAUACACUGCUUCCCCAUUUCCAACCUAUGAUAGCACAUACCUAAUAUUACAAUUCCGGACACCACACUUUUUAACAAAUUUCUCAGCUAAAGAAUCUACAAAAUUAAAUUUGAAAAAUACAUUGCUCCAUACAAAUUAUAAAAUCCAUAAUAAUAAUAAAAAAACAUUUUCAAAUAAAAAAUAAAUUUAUUUCACAGAAACCUAACGAUGUUUUAUUCCAAAACUUCAUUUUUUUCGAUGAAUUUUCUGGUAAAAUAUUCAAUAACAAAUAAUGCUUUAUUUUUCUUUAGAAUUUAUCGUUCAAAAUAAGAAUUCAAGACAAUAAUUUUAAAACUUUUCACGCUCUCACUUUUUUUUAAAUUUUUUUAAAUUGUUUUUAUUAGAAGUAGACUUCUGUAAAUAUUUGUAAACUUAAUUUUUUCAUUGUUAGAUGUAUAAAUCAUUUCUAAAGAUGUAUAAUAUGUAAAUGUGAGAAGUUUUCAGCAGAAUUAAAUCGUCAAAGAAUAUAUUAUAUAAAAGUUCAAUAAGUAUUAUAAAUCAUUGAUUAGAUCAAAAAUAAAACUUAAAUAAUAUUUCUUAUAUAUGUCGAAUAGUAUUUUCAAGUAUGGUAAUUUUCAAACAAAAAAUUAUUAUUCAAUAAGUAUUGUAUUAUUUAGGUAAUUUAUUGUUUAUAGUUGAAGAUUAAUAUGAUUAUUUUUAUUCUUAAAAAUAUUUGUUUUUAUACUUAAACCUACUAUAUAGAUUAAAGAUGAUAUUAAUUGUUUAAUUUUAAAUAUGUUAUGAUAUAACAAAAAUUAUAAUACUUAUCAUGAUAUACUAUCACCAUCAUAGGCGUGCGCACAGGUAGGACUGAUUGGGCUUUAGCCCCACCUGAGCCUUUUUUUUUAUCGUGAAUGGGUACUUGGUACUUAAGAAAAUAUAACAAAAUAAAUCUAAAUCAUAGAUAUUUACAUAAUUAAAAAUAUACUGGUUGCCCAUUGAGUUGUUAAAAUUUUAAAUCAAUGUUGUUGAAUUGUAUAAUUUAUUAUGUGAAAUAAUGAAAAAUGAUUUAAUGAUUGUUUACAUUUUCCAGUCACCAACAAAAAGGUCACUUUGAAAUUUGUAUUGGAAAUUUCUACAAUUUUUUUCUUGGGUCGCAAUAACAGAGGGGGGGUUCAGAUUAAAUUUAGCUACACCUGACUCAGAAGUCUGCGCACGCCUAUGACCACCAUAACAUGUAUAAUUUACCAAAUUAAUAAUUAUAUAAAUUUGCUUUUUAUUUAUUAUUUUCUAAUGUUUUUAAAUUUAUGAUUUAAUUUACGAUUUGUUAACUUAAGAAUUUUCUUCAGAUUUACAAAUAAAAUAAUGAUAAUAAUUAAAUAUGUUUAGAAUAAAGGUCAUGAAGAUAAGUUGGUAUAUUUUAAUGAGUUUAUAACCAGCGGAUAUUCUAUAAUUCUAAAAUAUAUAUUUAAUAUUUAUAUAUAAUAUAUAUGUAGAAUAUUUUUAAAAUAUGUACAAAAG